GUAUAAACUUGAAGUCGCAUACAAAAAAAACACUUUUUUUUGAAGUCGCAUACAAAAAGUCAUCUGAUCUUUUAUACUGUAGCUCAUUUAGUUUUAAUUAGUUCCAUUUUACAUUAAUUUUAUAAUAGUCUUACUCCAAUUUUAGUGAAUUGUGAAAACUAUGGGCAAUUGGUUUUCUACGCCCUAUCCUUUUAGAAAGAAGGUUGUGGUAUCGAGAAAUCCGAUAGGGCAGAAGAUUAAUGAAAAAUACAUGAUUUUUCAUGACCAAGUGCUCGGGCGCGGAUCAUAUGGGGUUGUACGCGAAUGUAUAGAUUUGUCUACUGGUGAGAAAUUGGCUUGCAAAACUAUGUCUAAAAUGGAGUUGGAGAGUAAGGACAGGGUUGAACACGUGAGAAGAGAGAUUGCGAUUUUAAGGCAUUUAAAGAAUCAUCCAAACAUUGUCUCUAUAAAAGAUGUUUGUGAAGAUGACAAUGAACUGCACAUUGUAACGGAGUUGUUGAAGGGAAAGACAUUAGACUAUAUUCUACAUAGGGUGCCGCUACCGGAGAAGGAGGCUUCAACAAUUAUUAGGACUCUUGUGGAAAUCAUUCAGGUGUUGCACAACAAUGGGGUGAUACAUCGUGAUAUCAAAUUUGAAAAUUUUAUGUUUGGUGGAAGCACUAAUAACAUUGCUACAUUAAAGGUCAUUGAUUUUGGGAUAUCUGUUUUCUACAAUCCUGGCGAUACAUGUAAACUUAGUUCGUGCACUCGACACUAUGUGGCUCCCGAAGUUUUAAUGGGCAACAAUCAGGAUCCAGAGGUUGACAUUUGGGCCGCCGGGGUCAUACUCUACAUUCUUCUCUGUGGUAUAGCUCCUUUCAGAAAAGAUAAUACAGAUGAAUUGCGUGAAGCAAUUAUUCAUGCUGAAGUUUGUUACGAGCGCCCUCCUUGGCCAGACGUUUCAAAUGAAGCUAAAGAUCUGGUCAUCCAUGGGUACAAAGAAGAGGGGGUCGUUCAUGGUAUCAUCAAUUGUACAUGAAGGGAUUUUAUGCACAUGUUAAAAAAUGGCCAAGGGGGCGUUUGAAUCUACUUAUGAAAACUGUUUGUGCUUCUUCAGGGAUCAGAAGCAGAUAUUGGAGUGAUUAGGUGCAAGUACUUUCUGAAUGCUCCAUAUUGCUCUUAGACGUUGUUUUUUAGAAGCUUGGGGGACCAACUUCUAGAAAACUGAUUUCGAUUCUGGUUGUGACUUUUAAAAAGAAGUAGAGACAGAAUCAAUUUCGAACAAGAUUAAAAUGUACUCUGUAAUACUUAAUAUAAAAAUAAUACCAUAUG